AUGAUGAGCAAAGAAGACACCACGCGAACCUUCCUGUGGGAGGAAUCCACCGCUCAUUCCUCUCAUGAUCCUCUCGAUUGUUUCCUGGGAGACAGCAGCGAGGUUUCCGAGGAGUUGAGUGCCAGCGAACGCUCCCAAAGCGACGAAGAAAAGUACGCCAAGGCUGGCUGUUACAUCAAGGAUAGGAUGAAGACCAUCUUGGCUUCGGAAACCUUUUGCAAGCUGAGGGAAUCCAAAGAAGGUCUCAAAAAGAAUGAACCUGUGACGCGCGUGAAUCAUUCGCAGAUUGAAUUGGGCAAUUUGUUGGGGGGAGGCGCCUUUUCCAACGUCUUUGAAAUCAAAACGAGCCUCACGAACGAGAUUGACCCAAACACAUGCGUGGUCAAGGUCCUCCGAAAGCAUGUCCUCGACCGAACCAAACUCUUCACCGCCUGUGCGGUUGGACUUUUGCGGGAAGGCUCUAUCCUAGCAUCUCUGCAACAUGAGCAUAUCAUUGGGGUUCAAGCCUUUUCUCAGGUGGGACCUUCUGGAUACGCUACCGGUAGAAAUGAUGCUUGCUUUCUUGUCUUGGACAAACUGCAAGAAAUAUUAAGCACUCGCAUGGACACUUGGACUAAAUUCCAAGUCAGCAUGUUUGAUCGAAAACGAUCCAAAAAGAACCGCGAGUUCUUUUGUGAGAGAUUGAAUGUGGCCCAACAAUUGGCCUCAGCGAUUACCUAUUUGCACCAAAAAUCCAUUGUGCACCGCGACAUUAAACCAAACAAUAUUGGUUUUGAUGCUGGUGGAAUGAUCAAACUCUUUGAUUUUGAUGUUUCUAGAAUCAUCCCUGAAGAAGAAUAUGCCAAUCAAGUCUUCAAAUUGACCAAGACGGGCACCAAACGCUACAUGAGUCCAGAAUGUGGCCUAGGCGAAAAGUACAAUCUCAAGACGGAUGUCUACAGUUUUGCCAUUCUGCUACACCAAAUCUUGAGUUUGGUAGUCCCCUAUUGCGAUUUGAACAUGUUUGAAGUCAAGAGAAAAGUCAUGCAACAUGGUCUCCGGCCCAAGAUUCCAAUGUCAUGGCCCAAGGGUAUUAAGCAACUCUUGAAACAAGCAUGGUGCACGGAUAUUUCCGAACGAUUGGACAUGUCGACGGUCCAUGACAACCUCCAACAGGAAUUGUACAAAUUACAAAACUACCAGGGUGCCAAAUUGCUGGGCAAAACUCUCACAGCACCCACCACCAAGCUUGCCUUGCGGGUAUAG